UGAACAGAACUUGAGCAAUUUCUGAAACUGAGUUUUAAAACUGGCAGCUCUUUUACCACCCCUUUGUGUUUUUGCACAGUCCCUCCCUGUGCCAACUUCCUUACUGUUCUUAUUUCCUGUUAUAGGUUUUUUGUUUUUUUUAAUUCUUUCCAGGGAAGGGGAAUCAAUACAACGCGUUCUCUAAGAGGAGGUGGUUGGUCUCAUCUUCAACGGUGUUAGAAGAUCUAUUUUGACCCAAAUCAGGUGUCUGGGUUGGGUUAAUUCCAGUCUGGGUCAAGCAAUUGAUCACAAGAUGUUUUUUCGGUUUGUGUGCUAUCUUGUGCUUGUGUGGCUGAUUUCUGGUUCAGAUGCACAGAGCUGUCCAGAACCUCUCCCAGUGGACAAUAGCAUAUUUGUUGCAAAGGAAUCUAAAGGACAAAUUCUGGGGACUUAUGUUUGUCUUCAGGGCUACCAUCUAGUAGGAGAGAGGAACCUUUUUUGCAAUGCCUCGAAGGAGUGGAAUGCCCCCCCUCCCAAGUGCCGCUUGGGCCACUGUCCUGACCCUGUGCUGGUGAAUGGUGAGUUCAGUUCCUCAGGGCCUGUGAAUGUGAGUGACAAAAUCACGUUUAAGUGCAAUGAGCACUACGUCCUCAAGGGCAGCAGCUGGAGCCAGUGCCUAGAGAACCACACCUGGGUGCCUCCCCUUCCCAUCUGCAAAAGCAGAGACUGUGGCCCUCCUGGGAAUCCAGCUCAUGGCUACUUUAAAGGAAGCAAUUUCGACUCAGGAUCUACCAUUACUUAUUACUGUGAAGAGAGAUACCGCUUAGUGGGCACGCCAGAUCAGCAGUGCAUUGAUGGGGAUUGGAACAGUGCACUUCCGGUCUGUGAGUUGAUCCCAGAAGCUCCCAAACCGGCUCCCCAGACGGUGGCUGAGAAGGCACUUCUUGCCUUUCAGGAGAGGGAGAAUUUUUGCAAAGCCAUAGAAAACUUUCAGAACAUAUUAAAGGAAAAUCGCUUAACGAUGGAGGAACUAAAAUAUUCUCUGGAAAUGAAGAAAGCUGAGUUGGAGGCAAAAAUGUAGCCCUGACCUUGUAGCUGAGCUUACUGGAAGACACAAGAAUCCCAAGAUUUUCCUGUUAAGAUGUCACACUGAGCUGAUAUGACAAGCUUCUUCCAUCUUACACUCUGACCUUUACUUAAAACACGUGGGAAAACUGGGCAAAAUACAAAGAAAAUACAUAAAAGAGCUUGAAAUAAUAGAAAAAUCUCUAGGUGAAGUUACAAAGGAGAAUAACUGAUGGACUCUGAAGUAACCCACAUUCCAUUAAUAGACACAAGACUUGCAUAUGUAGAUAUAUAGAGGGUGCCAAAAAAUGUAUACGCAUUUUAAGAUAGGCACUGCCAGUAUAUAG